AAAGCAGCAGCGCAGCAGCAGACACUGGAAGAGGCAGCGGCAGAGUCAGAAAACGCAGCAGCAGCAGCAGCGGAAAGCUCCAACACCAAGAUGAGUUGGGGUACUGAGCUAUGGGAUCAGUACGAUAAUCUGUCCAUACACACAAACAGAGGCAUUGAAACGCUCGAUAAAUAUGCCAAUUUCCUACGUGAUCGAGUGGCCAUAGAAACGGAAUAUGCCGGCAAAUUGAGGCGCUUAGUGAAAAAUUAUCAGCCCAAAAAGAAGGAGGAGGAAGACAAUGAAUUUACAUCGCGACAAGCGUUUCGCAAUCUGCUCAAGGAGGUGGGCGAUCUGGCGGGACAGCGCGAGGUGGUGUCCGAGACCCUGCAACUACAGAUUAUACAGGGCGUAACGUUACUAUCCAAAACACUGCGUGAAGAUCGUAAGAAAUGCCUAACGGACGGCACAAUGCUGCAACAGGCGCUCAGCGCGCAGCUGUCGUCGCUGGACCGAGCUAAGCGUAACUAUGAGAAGGCCUUCAAGGAGUCGGAGAAGGCGGUGGAGAACUACAAGAAGGCUGACAUGGAUCUCAAUCUGAGUCGUGCCGAGGUGGAGCGCUACAAGAACAUUAUGACAUCGAAAAUCCAACAGUCGGACGAUGCCAAAAACGAAUACGCCAAUCAGCUGCAGAAGACGAAUAGUCUACAGCAACAGCACUACGGCACACUAUUGCCCGCAGUCUUCAAUCGCCUGCAAGAGCUGGAUGAGAAGCGUACGAGAGGGAUACGCGAGUUUAUUAUUGGCGCUGCCGACGUCGAGUCCUCAGUGGCGCCCAUUAUUGCGCGUUGCAUGGAGGGCAUUGUCAAGGCGGGCGAGUCCAUCAACGAAAAGGAGGAUUCGCUGAAAGUCAUCGAGAGAUAUCAGUCGGGCUUUACACCGCCAACGGACAUUCCAUUCGAGGAUCUGUCCAAAAUGGACUCUAGCUCAGCGCCGCAGUCAAACUAUAGCAACGUCACCUACAAUCACAACACAUUUAAGGGCACGAUCAGCGCUGCCAAAUUCAAGAAGCCACGCGGCGGCAUCUUGAAUAGCAUCUUUGGCAGCAACAAGCAACGGCAGAUAAUUGAAGCCUGUAUCACAAUGAAGAACUCACUGACUGCGGACGGACAAAAGGAGGACUACAGCGAUCUGCCGCCGAAUCAGCAGCGUAAAAAACUGCAGGCCAAAAUUGCAGAGCUGCAGCACAAGGUCGAUCAGGAAACAAACACGCGCGAUGGUCUGAUGAAAAUGAAGAUCGUUUAUGAGGCAAACUCAUCGCUGGGCAAUCCCAUGACUGUGGAGGGGCAACUAAAUGAGUCUGAGCACGAGCUGGAGAAGCUGAAAAAUGAUUUGAAAAAGUAUCAGGGCUAUUUGGAGAAGGCCAAUCAGGUGCAGGUGGCCAACAACAGUCCGCAAUCGAAUCGCAAUCAACUGCAAAAUGGACAUAGAACAUCAAGACAUUCCGAUGGCAGCGCUUGCGCUGAUGAUCAUCACGACGGCGAUGAUCAGCCCGACGAUGCUGGCAGCUUAAGCAGGUCCACUCACAAAAAAUACCGCCUCUACUGCAAGCACUGCAACUACCAUAGAUACGACCAGUAUUUCCACUACGUCCACUACGACGAAGAAACCGACGCAAACCUCAACUCGACAGCCUAA